AUGAAGGCUAAUGUUAUCGGUCUUACUCUUAAACCAUUAUCCCAAACACGAUGGGAAAGUCGUAUUGAAAGUGUGAAACCAUUGCUACGACAAACAGAAGAAGUUAGAAAUGCUUUACUUGAGUUGGCACACAACGAUGAAGAUGGAACAAUAACUAGUGAAGCUGAAGACAUGCAUAUGGAUGAGGCUUUGCGGCAGUUGAAAGGACUCAUCAUUCUUGUUGAAGAUUAUAGAGAAACAGGUUUUGAGAAAGCCAAAAAAGAAGCUCAACUUAUUGCCACCAAAUUGGGUGUUCAACCCGUAUUUCGAACGAGACGGGUAAUUAAAAGAAAAAGGCAAUUUGAUGAGAAUGAGAAUGAAUACACACCCCAGUCAGCAGAAGAAACCUUUAGAGUAGAAUUUUUCAUGUUUGUUGUGGAUCAAGCUCUUACUUCAUUGAGACAGAGAUUUGAAGAUUUUCAAAAGUUUCAAGGACAAUUUGGAUUUUUGUUAGAUUUAAAGAAGUGGAAAUUGAUAGAAGAUGAAUGUCUGAAGGCUUCUUGUGUUAAGCUUCAAUGUUUUUUAAAAAACGAUAUGGAAUCUGAUACUGAUGGGGAAGAUUUAUUUAAUGAACUAAGAGUGCUGAGAGAAAUUCUACCGAAAGAAGCAGAAACGGCAAUUGGAGUGUUGAAUUACUUGAAAGCGACGAAUGAGAGUUUUCCGAAUGCAUGGGUUGCUUAUAGGAUACUAUUGACUAUACCAGUCACAGUUGCCUCUGCAGAAAGAAGUUUCUCAAAAUUGAAGUUAACCAAGUCUUACCUCCGAUCAACCAUUAAUCAAAGAUUUGACAGAAAAACUUAA